AUGCGGAACGCACCGUCGUCAACUUUCUGCUCUACCGGAUCUCGCCAACCUGUCGGGCUGCGGGUCUAUCUCCCGCCCGCCCGCUGAAUUCAUAUCCCUCUCCCCUGGAAACGCAUCUCCAUGCCCUCUCGCACCAGCCCCAAUCCCGCAUCCCAUCGCUUCUGCGCGCACCCGACGUGCUGUAUGAUUAUUCGUCGCCUCCACCAUCCCUGGAUUAUGUUUUGGAAUUAUGUCUCUUGUGCCCCCUCUAAAAUUCGUAUUUUUGGGUUUUUGCUCGCCUGUUUCAACUAUGAACGAAAUCAACCUCGCAGCGUCGUCACAGCUUUUAUCGACAUGUCGGCGAAAAACGUCUUUUUUUUUCUUUUCCUUAUCACGGUAUCUAGUGAACGAACCGCUCUCCAUGUCUCAACCGCCUUCGAAUACACCGCGGGGGCGGGCUGAACGCAAGUUUGCGAAAAAAAAAAAACAAAAAAUGGGAACAAUAAAACGGUUGCAUCAGCGUAUCAGAGAAGCACACAACGAAAAUGUAAACAAAGGCAUUAUGCUAGAAAAAAGCCCGUGCGCCGGUCUGUGUGUUGUGUGUUAUGGGUGACGGGCUCAAAAGGGGUGGGGGGGAAAGUACGGGAACGCCGCAUGGGAAACCCGAACC